AUGCAGCACUUCUUUGGCUUGCCUCCAAGUGGAGAGCUGACAAACGAGACUCUGGCGGUGAUGAGGAGGCCGCGUUGUGGUCUGUCGGAUGUGGAGCGAUUUGAAGAGACAAUUCGCUGGAAGAAGAACACGCUCAGCUACAGGAUCGCUGGCUAUAACUUUCCCAUCCCGGCCUCAAAGGUUCACAAAGUGUUCAGAGCAGCCUGGAAGAUCUGGUCCAAUGUUGCACCCAUGAAAUUUCGCAAGAGGAACAGGAAAGAGGCUGAUAUCGUCAUCUCCUUCCACAAUGGAGAUCAUAAGGACGGCUCACCUUUCGAUGGGAAAGGAGGGAUCCUGGCUCAUGCCUUCCAGCCCGGCUAUGGUAUCGGAGGAGACGUUCACUUUGAUGCUGAUGAAGAGUGGAGCUUCAAUUCUACUGGCUUUAACCUGUUAGCUGUAGCAGUCCAUGAAUUCGGCCAUGCACUCGGCCUUCCCCACUCGUCUGACCUCGGAGCGAUCAUGUACCCUGCGUACAACUUCGCCCCCACUCAUGAGCUCCAGCUCUCCUUUCGUGAUGUCAAAGAUGUCCAAAACAUGUAUGGUGUAAGUCCCAAUUUUGAUUCACUGUUCUCAAAAAACCCUCCCCCAAGAACACCCGACAAAUGUGAUCCAGAUUUAUCAUUUGACGCAGUAUCAGAACUACAACAGGAGGUCCUCUUCUUCAAAGACAGAUUUAUGUGGCGCAGACAUCCUAAAUUUGAUGAGACAGGAAUGACCUUGAUCAGCAGUCUGUGGCCCGACAAUGUACCUUCUUACCUGGAUGCCGUUUAUGAGAAUGUGGAGAGGAAUGUUAUUGUGUUUUUCAAAGGUCAGAAAUACUGGAUCCUGAGGCAACUAAAACUUGAAGAGGGAUUUCCAAGAAACAUCUCAGACUUUGGAUUCCCUUACACAAUAAAAUCUGUAGACGCUGCUCUUCACUUCAGGAAUAAACGCCUCACCGUGUUCUUCACUGGAAAACUGUGUUGGAGAAAAAGAUUUGUGCACCUCUUCAAGGGAAAUAUUCACUACGAGUUCGACUCACUCUCCAAAAGUGUUGUCUCCACCGGCCCUCUUAACAACGAGCUGGACUGCAGGGAGAUGGGGGACAAUGAAGUCCUGCCUGAGAGGAGAUAA